AUGGACACAGGACAAGGAGGCAUUGGGGCAAUUAUCAGAGAUGAAAAUGGUACGUUUUUAGCUGCUAUUGCACGUCCCUUUUCUCUUGUACGUUCUGCUUUGCAUAUGGAGAUUGAGGCUAUGAGAGCGGGACUUCUAUUGGCUAUACAUCAGGGAAUGACUAAUGUUGACAUUGAAACUAAUUGUGCUACUGUUGUUACCGCACUUAAUGGUGAGAUGGAGGAUCUUUCAAAGAUUGGCAGUAUUGUAGAGGAUUGUAAGGCCUAUUUACAGGCUCUAUCGCCUUUUCAUUUACAGUACAUUUACCGUGAAGUAAAUGGUGUAGCCCAUAGAUUGGCGCACCUUGCUAGUUUAUCUGUUUUAGAUGAGUAUUGGUUAGAAUAG